GCUCUGCCAAUUCACCCAAUCGGAAUUUUAAAAACAGCAGCAGAGUCGUCGGCUACAGUGACAGUAAAUUGUCGCUCAGUAAAUAACAAAAAUCACAAUAUACAAGUGUUAAAUUCGCGAAAAUUUUUGCAAACAAUUUGAAGAACUGAAUUGUGUUAGAAAACAGCUCAAAAAGUGUGAUAAACAAAUUUCAAUUGAAGUAUUUGCUAAAAUGGUGCAAGCUUUGCCUUAAAUAAACAUAAAAUUCCAGUGCACUGAGCAGAAAAAUCAAUUUUAAAAGCACCAUAACGCCGAAGCGCUAGUUAGCAGCAGUGGCAGCGGAAUCGGCAGCAAAACAGCAGCACCAACGGCAGCUUGCCGUGUUAAUAUGUGAAUUUUGUUAGUGGAAUUAGCAGCGCAACGCAGUGGCUAAAGCAGCGAUAGCAAAGCAAAGGAAGACAUUGACACCCACGCAGUAACAGAAAAUCACUUGCAUGGAAUUAAUAAUUGUCUAGUGAGGGCAGCGUGAAACAUAUAAGCACGUAAACUGUUAAAAAUAAAAAUAGGGUUUGGGUGCGUCGAGUGCGUAAAUCAGUUGCAAAUUCCCAAUCAAGUUGUGGGGAAAGGCAUAAACUAAAGCAGGAGCAAGCAGGUGUGCCGCGCGUGUAAACACAUUUAUAAAUACGUGCUGUUAUUGUAUGCCUAACGCAAACGCAAGUGUCAAUGCAAGUGUUGGUGCAGAAGGAAAGUGUGUGAAAUUUGGAAAAAUCAGGCAGGUUGUUAUUCAUUCAUACAGUGGCACACGCAACACAAGUCGUUUAACAGGCGGCGCAAACAACGCAGUCACAAUCAAACGCGUGUCCAGUUGAGAGAGUUAGUGUAUACUUUGGCGCAGUGCCAAACCGUCGUCUUUCAAGGUCGUCGCCAUUGGAGUGGGUAUUAACCAAAGAAAACGUUAGCUACCGCAAACGUGUAUUUAUUGUAAAAGUUCCAAAGUUGUUUUUGUGCGGAAAGUCAACGUCGUAAAGUUUAUUGCUUGUGGUGACACAGACGUUUAAAUCAUAUACAUAUAAUAUGGCUAUUAGUUUUGAGAAACAUCGUGCACAGAUUGUAGCCGCUUGGAAAGAUGUGCUAGACGAUAAAAGCAGCACUAACUGGUCACUCUAUGGCUACGAAGGUCAAACGAAUGAACUGAAAGUUGUGGGCAGCGGUGAGGAUGGCGUGGAGGAGCUAUGCGAGGAUCUGAAUAGCGGCAAAAUUAUGUAUGCUUUUGUGCGCAUUGAAGAUCCGAAGACGGGCUUGAAAAAGUUUCUACUCAUCAAUUGGCAGGGCGAAGGCGCGCCAGUGCUGCGGAAGGGUACUUGUGCGAAUCACAUACACGAUGUUGCCAAGUUGCUGUCCGGCGCACAUUUAACGAUAAACGCACGUAAUGAAGACGAUAUCGAUGUGGAGCGUUUGCUCAAGAAGUUGAGCGCCGUUAGCUCAACGUACAGUUUCAAGGAGCCGCGCGGUGUGCAGGAUGAGCAAAAGACACCGGUGGGCACAAAUUACACACGCGUUAUACCCACGAAGGAGCUGAAUCCAAGUGUGAUGCAAGACUUCUGGAAGAAGGAGGAGGAAGAGGAGAAACGACGCCUGGCGGCCGAAAAGGAAGCGAAGCGUCAACAGUUGGCCAAGCUGGAGCAGGAGCAGCGCACACGCGAGGAGAAGGAGCAUUUGGAGCGUGAGAAGAAAGUGAUUAGCACGUCUAAGCUGCAGCCGGCGCAUGUGCCGAUAAAGACUUCACCACAACCACUUAGUCCCGAGAAGACUGUUGCCGGUAAUUUCAAUGUCGGCAUAACCGAAGCGGAACGCAUGCGCCAACAGCGCAAUCAGGAAGCGCGUGAACUCAUCGGUUCGCGUGUCAUUGCGGCCAAAGCGAUUUUCACACAAAACACCAGUCAGGGCCAGUUGCAAACCAAAUUAAAUACCGCACCACCUGCCAAACCUGCGCGCACAUCCAUAGCGCAACGCAUUAACGCCUUCAAUCAGCCACAGGCCGCCGAACCGGAGCCACGUAAACCCUCACCUACACCCGGUAAAGUUGCGCUUUCCAAAUUCGAAGAUGUUGUUAAUAACACACAACAACAACAACAGUCAUCACAGCAGCAACAUGAACAACAACAGCAACAAGAGGAGCAGGAGCAGCAUCCUGCUGUGCACACCAUCACACAACGUGCACCAUCGCCGGCCACCGUCACCGUGCACACAACCACAUUAACGCCCACUCAGGUGGCGAUCGCACCUGUUGCUGUUGCCGCCGCCGUGGCACCUGCUUUAGCCACAAAUGCACUGGAGGAGGAGCAACCUGUCAAACCAGAAAUUACCGCCAUUGCCAAUAAUGAUGAUGUGCCGUCGGCAGCAGACGAUUAUGCUGCCGAAAAUGAGGAGCAAUAUUCUACCAUCAAACGUUCACCGCACAGCAAAUCGAAUUCGCUGCAAUCGCCAGAGACAUCGUCGUCUAAUGCGACCGACACGGCUGUCUAUCAGGAUCAAGAUGACGAGGGUGAAGAGCUCGAGGAGGAGGAGGUGGUGCGCACAAAGGUGUCGGUGACGGUGCAACAACCGCAAUCGGUUAAGAAUGGUAUAAGCAGCGCUUUGGACAGGAAUGAUUUGACUGAUUUGGUUAACGAAGAUGACUUCAUUUGUCAGGAGUCACUUGGUGAUGUUGGGCUGAAGGCAAGAGCUUUAUACGAUUACCAAGCAGCUGACGAAUCCGAAAUUACUUUCGAUCCGGGCGACAUCAUCACGCAUAUCGAUCAAAUCGAUGAAGGCUGGUGGCAAGGGCUCGGACCCGAUGGAACUUAUGGACUGUUUCCGGCAAAUUAUGUCGAAAUUAUUAACUAAAGAAAAAAAGGGAAUUAAUUAUAUACAUACAAAGAAACAAUAAUUGCGUAGAACCAAACCAAAACACACAUUUGAUGAACAAAAAAUUUACAAUUUUUCUUAUACUUUUACAAAUGCGAAUAACAACAACAAAUGCAACAAGCGAAUAAAACAAAAUUAAUUUAAAAAAAAUUAAUGAAAAAAAAAUUAAUUAAUUUAAAAACUCACCAAAAACAAUUUAAACAUUUAAUAACAAUUCAGCAACUAUAAUCACCAUUGCCGCGCCCUAUAUAACAACAACAUUUAGCACAACACAAUUAAUGUAAUUUCAACUGAAGCGGUUUAGAAACUCCUAAUACUACUGAAGCAAUUGAAUUCUUAUGCAUUUUUAUAGCAACAUACAUUUACAUAUAUAUAUAUAUAUAUAUAUGUAUAACAUAUAUAUUGAUGAGCGACAACUAUAUUGACUGCAAACAAAAGUGAAAACAACAAAAAAUAUUACGAUUAUUAACAAUUGAAUUGAACAAGAGACCACCGGCUGCGCUGCACUGCAAACACGCAAGUUUUUUCCAAAUAAAAAAAAUGUAAUAGUAAAUACUUGCAUUAGUACGAAAUUUAUAUUCAAACAUAAGCCAAUUUUACGCACUCACACACAUACACACCCAUAUAUAUAUAAAAUUUUUGAUGCAUUUUUAAACAAUUUUUCUAUUCUACAUUUAAAGAAAAAAUAAAUAUAAAAAUAAAAUUAAAAAUAUUGUAAGCCUAGUAAAGAAUUCAAAAGAAACUAUUAAAAACAAGUAUUAAAAUGUUAUCUAUACUUUUUUCGAAAUGUAAGCGAAAAUUAUAAAAAAAAAACUUAUUUGAAAAAUUAUUAAAAAAAAUUAUUUGGGAAAAAAUAUUAAAAAAAUUAUUUAAAAAAUUAUUUAAAACUACAUAAAUACUAUUAGUGCCAAGCUGUAUAGAAACCACAUAUACACAUAUACAGACAGACAUUGUAAACGAUUGCGUUCAGUAAACGAGAUUAUAAUACACAUAUACAUAGAUUUUCGGUUAAAUACACUAUGUUACUAAGCGCGAAUUUAAAUAUUUUGUAUUGUAAAUUUGUUGCCUAAACGUUAACAAGCAAGUAACGAAAUUUAACGAAAAAUUAAAAAAAAACAUUUUUGUUGUUGCGUGUUAUGCUAGAAAGACAGGGAAAUUUUGUUGUUGUUGUGUAGAAUGCGCUCUUCGUAAUUUUCUAAAUGUUUUAAUGAUCCCGUGUGGAUACUGAGCGUGUUUUUAUUAAAAAAUAAAUUCCAAUUUUUUUUUCUGUUUAUUAAAAAAUCUUAAUUACAAUUUUAAUUGAAAAAAAUUGUUUAUUAAAAACAUCUAAAUUAACUUGCUUGAAUGCUUGAUUAAAUACUUUCUCUAAUGAAAUUUAUGAAAUUUUAAAUUAAGCUUUUAUUCGGUUUCUUUAUAAGUUAAAUCAUUUUAAAUAUAUAGUUUCAAUUGAGUUUCAUAUAAUUAAUUUUUUUUUUUAUUUUUUUUUUUUAAAUUAACAAAUAUAAAUAACUUAAAAUAGUUCUUAAUUUGACAAAAAUAUUUUUUUUUUAUUUUUCUUAAAUAUUUUUUAUAAAAUGAAAAUUUAUUUUUUUUUCUAAUUAUUUUCAAUAUUUCAUAUUUUUUUAUAAUUUUGGUAAUUUUUUAAAUUAAUUAUAAUAAAAAAUGAUAUUUAGUCUUUUAAUUAUUAUUUUUAUUUACUUUUUAUUGUUUUUAAUACAUACUUUUUUUUGUUAUUUUAUUGAUUAUUUUUAUUUAUUUAUUAAUUAUUUUUAAUUUUUUCUAAUUUUUAAAUAAUUUUUCUUUAAUUAAUUUUAUUAAGAUUGUUCGUCUAUUUUUUUUAAAUUAAGUUAAAAAAAUUAAAUUAAUUUUUUAUUUAAUUUUAUUUUUUAAAAAUAAUUAAUUUAAUCAUAUUUUAUUAAUAUUUUUUAUUUCAUUUUUUUAAAAUGAGAUUUUUUAAUUGUUUGUUUUUGUCUUCGUUUCUUUUUAUAAUUUUAUUUUAUAAUAAUUUUUAUAAAAAAAAGAAACCGCCAUUUAUGUAUAUGCUACCACACACAUACAUAUCUUAACUUUCUUUAAUUUAGUUAUUUUUCUGUUGUAAAACAACAAUGCGUCCUUAUUGCGUCCUGACGUGCGAAAUAUCAAAAAAGUCAAACCAGUUUCUUUAACUAAAAAAUAUUAUAUUUACAAUUUAGUGUAACGGUAUUAUAUUAUUAUAUUUAUUAAAAACUUAAACACAAAUUAUUUGCUAUAAAAAUACUGCGCAUCACUAAUAUUUAUGCUGGCAACCUUUAAAAGGUGACGGCCACGUCCUUCAUAAUUUGUCCAUUUUAUAUACAAACAUAUACACAUGCAAAACACUUAUUAGUAUUACUUACGCUAUUCAAACUCAUUUCAAUACUUAAUUUUUUAUCUAAACUAAUGUUUUUGAGAUUUUUUUUCUACUUAAAAUAACUAGUGUAAAGCAAGUUGACCAACUGCAGAUGAAAAUUAUGGCAAUGGGAAAACUUUAUACCUUGAUUCCAAAAACCGUUUUUGUAUUCAGCAAAUGUUUUCCAUAAUUUUUAGUAUUAAACCGUAUAUAAGUGAAUGAGAAAAUUAUGUACUACGAUUACUAACAAUAUUUAUUGUGAAACAAUAAGAAUUCAAUAAAAAUAAAAAAGUAUACAUGCAUGUUUCGAAAAUAUGAAA